AAUUACUAGAUUUAUGAUAUAUUUGAUUGUGGUCAGGUAAAGCAUCCCCUUGAUAGAAUAUGUAUUAGGUACCCAUUGGGUGCUUAGGCCUUCGUGGUAGUUAGGAGUAUAAAAAAAGGGGUCACAGAUGGCUCACAACAACACUCAUCUUUUUGAGUGUGCAUCUACGAUUAGCUUAAGCUUCGUAUCCUUCCUGAUAAAACUAAAAUAAUCUGUGAAACAAAAUCAAUGUUAAGAGAGGCAAACAAAGCACAAAGCAACUUAUUGCAACAACUACGAAUGCAACCUUUGUGCUGCGUGAGAUGCCAUUAAGGGUGUUAGUUGUAUUUACAUUUUAGGUGUAUUUUUUAAUUCACCGGUUGAGCAACCAGUGCCACCGGUGGACCAGACAUCCGUCCUUUUAAUUCAACCGGUUGCUGCCGUCACCAUACAAAGCUGUCAACAGUGUCAACCGCAUCCAUCAGUGGUGGAAUCAACCGGUGAAUUAAAGAAUUCACCUUUUGCUAAAAUACAAACAUUACGCUCCUCAUUAUGCAUGUAUUGCAUGUAAACUGUUUACUGAUGUUGUGAUGUCUCAUAAAUGAACAAAGGGUUGUUUUCUGCAAAAAAGCUCGUUUGAAUGUAAACAUGGAAAAGACAGAGGAGAUAGAACUCAAAUCCAAGAUAUUUUACUUUUUUCGCGAGAAGCACUGGAACCAAAUGAUAAAUGCCUCUAAAGAAGGAAUACAAAAAUUUAAGGGCAAUCCCUGUUUUCACCUUUACCAAUCUCUUUCCCUCGUACUGAUUAACAGACUAGAAGAAGGUGUUCAUGAACUAGAAGCCCUGAGAAAUGAAAAUGAUAUUAAACUUGCAGUCACCAUAGCACUGAUGUAUGGCCACAAAGUCCUAGGUGUAACAAACAGGGAAAUUUUCACCAAGCUGGAUGCGCAAAUGCGUGAGUAUAGAAAAUCCAGCGAGGCAAUAGACUUUUACUAUUCUGCUUUUGUACUUCUGUGUUUCGGCAAACCAGAAAAAGCCUUAGACUAUGCUGAUAAAGCCCUGAAUAUUCAAAGUAGUUUGUACGAAUGCCUGUCUUUGAAAGGAUGGAUAUUGAUUCAACUCAGAGGUGCUAAGAAAUGUGAUGCAGUCAAGGAGUUAUUCCACAUAGCAUUACAACAUAAUGCUAACUAUAUUGAUGCAAUUUUGGGAUUCACAGAGUGUUGCUUGAUGCAAAAUGAUACAGUAGAAGCGCUCAACACAAUCAACAAAGCUGUUGUUAGACACAACAAUACUGCUUUGCCAUUACUGCAAAAGCUGAAGGUACAUUUGGCAAGUUUCGAUUGGGAACAAGCUCUCGAAACUGCAAAUCGUAUUAGCAACACAGAUUCAAAAAAUCUGAGUGUACAUCAAAUAUUGAUUAUGAUCUCAUUAUGUAGAUUAAGCAGCAACGAGGAAAUUAUCAUGCAGCUAAGAAAGUUUUUCAAGCUUGUUGACAGUAUUGAAUCCAAUAAUGAUGAAUUUUUGUUAGAUAGUGUAAAAUUGUUUACUAGAAUUAGCGAGAAAAAUGUUGAAAUUUUGAGUGAAACUGUAAAGGCACUAGAACAUUGUCUUCAAGCAAAUCCGGAGAAGGCUGACCUAGUCAUUGAAUUGGGGUAUGAGAUGUUGCUUAUGGGAAAAAUGAAAGAAGCGCUGAGGUUUUUCAAGAAUGCUACAAAAAUUGAAGAAACAUCCUUCAAUGCACUGCUAGGCCUAUCUAUGUGCGAGUAUUCAGAAAAUGGCAAUUCUGAGCAACUCAAGAAGCAGAUAGAAUUCUUAAUGGAGUUGAAAGAAUCUUCUACAUCACCUUUGUUAAUGCUUAUACAAGUAAAAGCUACUGAGAAUGCAGAAGAUGCUGUUAGACGUCUCAAAUCUAUUUGUGAUAUCAAAUUAUCACAAUUGAAAGGUGUCCCAUUUUCUGGCCAAUUUUUACUGAUACUUGAUCCAGAUUUGAUGUUGGAUGUAACCAAGGAGUAUUUGAAGUAUGCCACAGUUGCACUCAAUGUGUUAAAAGGAGCAACUGAUAGUGUACAGGAGAUAUUAAAUAUCAUGGUGAAAUGUUGCCCUGGAUCUUCUGAAAUCUCAUUUGUCCUUGCAAAAUUGCAAAAUUUGAAAGGUGAUGACAUGAAUGCUUUGAGACGUUUGGAAACACUUCUAUCAAAUACUUCAGAACCAAAUAGUAAUGCUCAGCUGUUGAUGGCGCAAAUCCAGAUUAAACAUGGUCAAUUUGACAGAGCCAGGCAGACUCUAGAAGCAUGUGUUAGCAACGAUUUUAAAAUUAGGGAUGACCCAGUAUAUCAUUACAUCAUUGCUUUGGUUGAGAAGAAUUCCCGCAACUAUUCUGAAGCAAUAAAGUCCCUUAAUACUGCACUAUCCUUGUCAAAAAAGGAGAAAGUAGGUUUGGCUGAUAUUGCUGGAAUGUAUGUGGAACUUCUAGAUGCAUUGCACUUCAUGCAGAGAACUGAAGAGGCUGAGAAACUAUUGGAGGAGGCUUCAGAGGAGUUAAAGGGAUCUCCUGAAGAAGCUAGGGUAUUGUUGUUAAGUGCAGAACAUUUGAUAAAAAGAGAUAAUAUCCAAGGUGCUCUAGAUUUGCUUGAUAAAGUUUCACCAUCGGACAGCUGUUACACAGAAGCCAUGGCCAAACAUGCAGAUAUUAUGUUGAACUAUAGGAGAGAUAAAAAGGCAUUUCUCAAGUGUCAUGAGGAAUUUGCAGAGGAAAAUCCUAGCGUCAGUAGUUAUGUAGCCUUAGGAGAUGCUUAUAUGACAGUUUUAGAACCUGACAUAGCAUUGAAAUCAUACGAAAAAGCUCUGAGCUUAAAUCCAUCGGACCCUGUCUUAAUCUCCAAAAUGGGAAAAGCUCUCGUUGACACUCACUAUUUCAAACGGGCUGUGAACUAUUAUAAAGAAGCAAUAAAAACUUCAAAUGAUGCAGAAUUAAAACUUCAGUUAGCCGAGUUGCAUAUGAAUCUUCGGGAAUACGAAAAAGGAGAGUUGAUUUUGUUGAACGAGCUAGAAGAAGAAAAGUCAAACGUAGAAAAGUCAGAUUUAACUUAUUUACGCUUUAGAACGAGAUUGUUGGUGUUGUUGGGUCAGAUUCAAGAAAAGUCUGGAAAUAUUACGUUUGCGCUGAAGAGUUUGAAGGAUGCUAUGGAGAAUCAACAUAGAGUGAGGAAGAGGGUUACUAUCGAGCAAAGUGUGGGCGGAGCUUGUGUAGUACACGUUUCUGCCUCUAGAGGCGUACAGCGCAACUCAUUACCAGUUCAGUGCCACCUGAGAUGUCGAGCAGACUUGUUUCGUUUCUCUGUAGUCAUUAUUUUUGCUAGAGCUGUUUCGUUUUUUACGAUGGCAAGUUUCAGUGAGCAACGAGCAGCGGUGAAAUUUUGCUAUCUAACUGGUAAAAAUGCCGCUGAAACUGUUUUAAUGUUGAAAAUAGCUUACAAAGAUGAUGCUAUGGGAAAAACUCAGGUGUUCGAGUGGUUUGCUCGAUUUCAAAAUGGCGACAUGUCGAUUGAUGACAAACCUCGCUCUGGGCGUCCACACCAACUACCCGAAUCGACGAAAAUGUUGAAAAAUAUUCGAGAGCUUGUGCUAUUCGGAGGUUUUAAGACGAUUGCGAAACAGGGUUCGGUAAAAAAUACCCGAUUUGUGGCAGUCAGGAGACUGGUUCUUCCACCACGAUAAUGCACCUGCGCACACAGCCAUCUCUGUUCGACAGUUUCUGGCUGAAAAUGGCAUGGUUCCCCUGCCUCACGCACAUUACUCGCGUGACCUGGCUCUGUGCGAUUUUUUUUAUUUCAACGGAUGAAAAGGGGCAUGAAAGGACGUCGCUUUGACGACAUAGAAGAGGUCAAGAAAAAAACGAGGGAGGAGCUGUCAGACAUUUUUAAGGAAGACUUCAAAAAAUGUUUCGAGCAGUGGAAGGACCGGUGUAUUAGCUGUAGUGGACAGUAUUUUGAAUGAGAUAAGGUUACUUUGUGAAAAAGUUGAAAAUAUAUAGCUUUUAAAAAAUAUUUUUUUCUGGGUACCCCUUCGAAUAAAAGCCCAAAAGCAUACAUUCAAGCUGUUCCCUUAAUGAAGAUAGGUAAGUUACAAAACUAAUCAUUGCGCAUUCAUAUAUUUAUAUACUUAUCGCAUUUUUUUAUGUGGCAUUCAAUCUCACAUACUGCACUGUUGAUGUCGGACACGCUUUUUCACAAAUCAUUGUUCUAGAUUGUGUACAGUGUCAGGAUACAAGAUGCUCAAAAUACCAUGGUCAUGUAGGAUUACCAAAUACAAAGUAUUACAGAGAGUAAACAGGACAAUAGAGUUGCAGCAUGAAGCAAAAGCAAAAAAACUGUAUGACAUAAAAUUCCACAAUUAACUACAAAUCAGUAAAUAAAAGAAUAUUGUGAAUGAUCAAGCGAACCACUUUCCUGUUGAACAAGUUCCAAACACUUCAAAGGACUAGAUAGCAGAAAAGAUUAUUUUGAAAAUGUUACUUCGAAGUCAGACUAGGUUAAGUCCUACGAGUAAUUAUAAGAUAAUUCAGAAAAAUUCACAACAUUAUCAUGAACUUAGCAAGAAAGACUCAUUUUAGGCAAAAAUGAGCUAAACAUAACCUGGCUGUGAGGUACGGAAUUUGAUUUGUAUUUCAACUGUAUAACUUUUGGUUUUAAAUUGCUAUCAAUAAUGGAGACUCCAGCUACUGGGCGAGCUAAGAAAAUACAUCAACAAUAUCUUGCAUUUAUCAAAUGUGUUGAACCAUAUAUUAA